UUCUCUUCUCCCUUCACCUCCUUCCCUCUUUCUCAUGCAGCUUUGCAAUGAAAGCAAAUGCAUGGGUAAAGAGUGAUUGUUCAAUAUUUUGAUCUUUGUAAUCAAACUCAUUUCAGUUUUCAUAUGAAAGUUUUUAGCUUUUGGGUUCCUCGGGAUCUGUACAUAGUUUAACCACCGGUUCAACACACUCAACAUAAAUAGCGGUACGAUGGACACACCUGUGAAAUGUCUUACAAACAGCAUUUCUCGAUUCAUUCAUCUAGUUUCGUGCCAAAAUGUGAAACCCACAACUAUACAGAAGGAUUACAGAACUGUAGCUGCUGUGCUGAAGCUUUUGAAGCCGGUGCUUGAUGAAGUACUUGAUUACGAAAUGUUAUCUGAUGAGAUCCUAUGUAAAGAAUGUGAAGAGUUGGAUAUGGCUGUAAAUAUGGCCAGGGAAUUCAUGGAAGAUUGGUCUCCCAAGAUGAGCAAGAUUUGCAGUGUUUUGCGAAGUGAGCCUCUGUUGAUGAAAAUCCAAAGUUCUUUAUUCAUGAUCUGCUGCUCUUUACGUAGGUUGCUACAAUCGUCUCCACCUAAUUCUAGUUUGACUGCUAUUCAGCAAGGUAUGCAGGAAAUUCAAUCCUUGAAGCAGGAAAGAAUAGCAAAACACAUAGAAGAGGGUAUGAGAAGUCAAAGAAACAACGUCUUUCUUUGCACCAAAAGCCUUACGAAAGUUAUUGAAUUGCUUGGCCUGACAUCGAGCCAAGAACUGUUGAAAGAAAGCAUUGCUCUAGGAAAGGAGCAAAUGAUUGCUGAAGGUAGUAAAAUGAAAGGAGAACUAAGUCAAAUUGACCAGAUUGUGGAUCUGGUCUCUGGUAUCCGCAAUUGCAUGGUUAAACUUCAGCGACUUGAAGCUGUUCCAGUCCCUCCAUACUUCUGCUGCCCCUUGUCAUCGGAACUCAUGUGCGAUCCCGUGAUUGUGGCGUCAGGUCAAACCUACAAUAGAUCUUCGAUCCAGAAAUGGCUUGAUAAUGGGCUUACCAUUUGCCCAAAGACUCGUCAAAAGUUGGCUCAUACAAAUCUAAUUCCUAACUAUACAGUCAAAGCUAUGAUAGCGACCUGGUGUGAGGAAAACAAAGUAAAACUUCCUGUUAACUUGGACCACUCUAAAAUUGUCUUGGUCUCAUCACAAAUGGAGCAUGUGGCUCCUCAAGUUUCAGUUGGUACAGAUAGUUUCCGGUGCUCUUUAUACAGUAGCAAUUCCACAUCACUAUCAUCUGCAGGUGUUGGAAAUGGGUUUGAGAAGCAAAAGGAAGAUAUAUUUCCUACAGUAUGUGGAGAGGAAUCCAAUGGCAAUAGCAGGGGGAAGGGGCACCUAUCCCCCGAUCACUCAUAUUCUCACAGCAGGAGCGAAUCAACCUCAAGUGCUGUUUCCAGUAUUGAUUAUGUGCCUCCACCACCAUUGAUUGAGGUAUUGGAGAUAUCUAGUAAGCCCGAAACUACAAAUGAGUCGUCCAGAGAAAUUACAUCCGCAUGUGUUGCUGCUUCUCCUCCGAAUAAAGAGUUAAAAAAUUCUCCGUGGCUGUCAUCCAGGCAACUCAAUGUUUCCAGAACAAAAGCGGGCAUGGCAGGAAGUGGAAACCUUAAUAACUUGCAUAGAGAUUCAGUCUCGGUUUCAGAAUCAGUAGCUGGAGAGUCUACAACGGCUUCCCAGGUUGAGAAACUGGUUGAAGAUCUCCGGAGCCUAUCCAUUGAAGUCCAAACUGCGGCUGCAGAAGAGUUGCGGCUUCUAGCAAAGCAUAAUGUGGAGAAUCGGAAUGUUAUAGGCCGUUGUGGUGCCAUCACGCCAUUACUUUCGCUGCUGUAUGCGGAGACAAAGCUAACACAAGAGCAUGCCGUCACAGCUCUUUUGAACUUGUCAAUUAACGAAAGCAAUAAGGCCAUGAUUGCUGAAGCAGGAGCAAUAGAACCACUAAUCCAUGCACUGAGAACAGGCAACGAUGGAGCGAAAGAGAAUUCUGCGGCCGCGUUAUUCAGCCUUUCUGUGUUGGAGGAAUACAAGGUGAAAAUUGGUCGUUCUGGUGCAGUGAAAGCUUUAGUGGGUCUUCUAGGAUCAGGGACUUUGAGAGGGAAGAAAGAUGCUGCCACUGCUCUGUUCAACCUAUCUAUUUUCCACGAAAACAAGGCUCGGAUAGUUCAAGCAGGGGCUGUGAAGCAUCUUGUUGAGUUGUUGGACCCAGGUAGUGGAAUGGUUGACAAGGCUGUUGCCCUUCUAUCCAACCUGUCCACAGUUGGAGAGGGGCGUUUAGCAAUUGUUCGUGAAGGGGGCAUUCCACUACUAGUUGAGAUCGUCGAAACGGGGUCCCAAAGGGGAAAGGAAAAUGCUGCCUCCGUACUAUUACAACUAUGCCUCCACAACACAAAGUUCUGCACCCUGGUUCUCCAGGAAGGAGCUGUCCCGCCCCUUGUAGCCUUAUCUCAAUCUGGCACGCCGAGAGCAAAAGAAAAGGCACAACAGCUUCUGAGUCAUUUCCGAAAUCAGCGAGAGGGGACAACAGGGAAAGGGAAGUCAUGAAAAGAUACCAAGUUUUGUUUAUAUGUUGCUUCUCUUUUGGAUAUUGUCCUCCAUAUCAGUUCAUAUUCCUUUAGAUUCUAGGGGUUUUUUUUUUUUUUUUUUUUCCAUAUAUUCUUUGAUUUUAAACUUAUAAUUAAUUGCAGCGUAUUCUCUUCAUUUAUCCCCUUCCCUUUUCCACCUUUUUUGGGCUCUGACUGGAUUGUAUAAAUCUUCCGUUUAAGUUCCUGUAUUUGGGUUGAUUAGGCAACAUUGCUCUUCUUCGCAGUUUUUCCUUCUUUUUUUUUUUUGGAUUGUUUUGGUCCUCAAUCAGUGUUGUGUAAAUAUUGUACAUAUGCUAUAGACUCUUUUGUAAUCUGCUAUACAA